AAGGAUCACGACAAAAAUGACGACAAGAAGGAUCACGACAAAAAUGACGACAAGAAGGAUCACGACAAAUAUGACGAAAAAAAGGAAAAGCAUUAUAGGAGGUCCCCAUCCGAUGAUUAUUAUAAGAAA